AUCCAUCAUCUCUCAAACACCAGUUUUGGAAACACCAUUGCCAAUUCCUUAAACUUCUCCAUUUUUAGUAUAAUUUCAUUCAAUUGAUAUGGAUGUAUCCAACACGAUGCUGCUUGUAGCUCUUGUUGCAGCUUACUGGCUAUGGUUCCAGCGGAUCUCACGAUGGCUAAAGGGUCCACGUGUCUGGCCAGUGUUGGGUAGUCUUCCGGGUCUGAUCGAGCAGCGUGACCGUAUGCACGACUGGAUCACUGAGAACCUCCGUGCGUGUGGCGGCACUUACCAGACAUGUAUCUGCGCCGUGCCUUUCUUGGCAAAGAAGCAAGGUCUCGUGACCGUCACGUGUGAUCCCAAGAACAUCGAGCACAUGCUCAAGACCAGGUUCGACAACUACCCUAAAGGUCCUACGUGGCAAGCCGUGUUCCAUGACUUCCUCGGCCAAGGCAUUUUCAACUCCGACGGUGACACUUGGCUCUUCCAGCGUAAAACCGCCGCUCUUGAAUUCACCACCAGGACGUUGAGGCAAGCGAUGGGUCGGUGGGUGAACCGGGGAAUUAAGCUCCGGUUCUGUCCGAUUCUCGAGACGGCUCAGAACAAUUACGAGCCGGUUGAUCUCCAAGACUUAAUACUUCGGCUCACAUUCGACAACAUUUGCGGUUUAGCAUUCGGUAAGGACACUCGAACCUGCGCACCCGGACUUCCCGAGAACGGUUUCGCCUCGGCUUUCGACCGAGCCACCGAAGCCUCUCUACAGCGGUUUAUUCUGCCGGAGUUUCUAUGGAGGCUGAAGAAAUGGCUUGGGCUCGGCUUAGAAGUCAGCUUGAGCCGGAGCUUAGGAGAGAUCGAUGGGUAUUUAGAUGCUGUCAUUAAUACACGUAAGCAAGAAUUGCUGAGUCAGCAAGAGAGCGGGGUCCAGCGACACGACGAUCUCCUCUCUCGUUUCAUGAAGAAGAAAGAUCAGUCCUACAGCGAGACGUUCUUACGACACGUGGCUCUUAAUUUUAUCCUAGCUGGACGUGACACGUCAUCUGUAGCGUUGAGCUGGUUUUUCUGGCUCAUCACGACGCAUCCGACGGUCGAGGAUAAGAUCGUCCGCGAGAUAUGCUCCGUUCUGAUUGAGACACGUGGAACCAAUGUAUCGUCGUGGACGGCGGAGCCGUUGGAAUUCGAUGAGGUGGACCGGUUGGUUUACCUGAAGGCGGCGCUCUCUGAGACGCUGAGGCUUUACCCGUCGGUGCCGGAAGAUUCGAAGCACGUCGUGAACGAUGAUAUCUUGCCGGACGGAACUUUUGUACCGGCGGGAUCGUCGGUGACUUACUCGAUCUACGCGGCGGGGAGGAUGAAGAGCACGUGGGGAGAGGAUUGUCUGGAAUUUAAGCCGGAGAGGUGGAUUUCGCCGGACGAUGGGAAAUUCGUGAAUCACGAUCAGUAUCGAUUCGUGGCGUUUAACGCCGGACCAAGGAUCUGUCUAGGAAAAGAUCUAGCGUAUCUGCAGAUGAAGACGAUCGCGGCGGCGGUUUUACUCCGGCACAGACUGACGGUGGCGCCGGGACACAAGGUGGAGCAGAAGAUGUCGUUGACUUUGUUCAUGAAGAAUGGACUUCUGGUCAACGUGCACAAGAGGGAUUUGGAAGUGAUGAUGAAGAGUCUCGUAACCAAAGAGAGAAACGACGUCGUUGUUCUUAACGGAAAAUGCAACGGCGGUAUCGGUGGUGAAGGCGUCGCCGUUAAUGCGGCUGUGGCGGUUGCUGUGUAAUGCGGCAUUUCGGGUUGAUGACAUUUUUAUACUAAGUAAUUAAUACAUACAUUUUCGUUUGGGUUUUGUGAUUGUGGGGUAAAAGUAAAAAAUUGAUUUCGUUGUGCUAUGUAAACUUGUAAGCAAAUACUCUUCUUCCUAAAGUUAAAAAGUUUGAUUGUUUUUCUUGUGGAUUCUUCUCCAUCCCCAUCAAAUUGUAAGCUUUAAAAGAGUCCCAAAAAUAUAAUUUCAAAAAUACA